UCUUCUCAGACAGACAGAUCUCGGAAGGCCACUGGAAGGGAAAGGUUAAGGCCAGAGAGCUCUUUGUUGUCCGUGUUUUCCCGUCGCUGUUACCGGAUAGAAAGUAUGUGAUCGUGGUGUACUUGCAAUGCGCUCUGGAUAUCGCCUUGACUACGUCAAACCAAGAGAGCGUCGCAAAGUCCCGACACUAUUUGGCCAUGUGAGUGUUACUACAGCGUGAAAUCCGAGGAUCUGUCACAGGUAUGAUGUGGCCUCUCUUCCUGCUUGCAGUGGGGGUGCUUGCCCCAUCCUGUCACGCACAAUGGGACUUCCAACCAGAAUUACCCAGCUGCAACAGCACCUGCAUUGGCAAUGAUAACACAUCGUUACCAGAAGACUUACUCCAUCGAUAUCGCACCUGUAGCUGUGAUGCAGACUGUGCUGCUUAUGGUGACUGCUGUUCGGACAACCCCGCCAUAAAACAACAACGGCAGAUAUGGUCCUGCUUCCGCUACAAUGAACAGCAAGACGGGAUCUUAGUCCAGCAAAUUUGCAUGUCUGACUGGGAAGGAGAUGGCAACAUCUUGCGCCAGUGCGAAUCUCCUGCAGACCCCGUGACUGACCCACACCUGCAGGCACCAGCUACUAGUUCAGCAUCUGGAGUGUCAUACAGAAAUAUUUUCUGUGCCAUAUGCAACAAUGAUUAUGAGACAGCAAAACCGUGGAUUCCAGAUAUGCAGUGUGAUGAUGUUUUUAUUGCUCCAGAUAUCAAUGAAACAUACAUAAGAGAGAACUUGGAGCUCCAUGCAGGGAAGUGGGGACUUUGGCUGGAUGUUGAUGACGAACGUGAUUUUUAUACAUGUGAUCUAAAGUACAAGGCACCGAAAGUGAAUGCAUCAUACAAUUGUGUACCAGUUGUAGACACUUGUGAUCCUUCUUGGAGUGGUUCAGAAACUGAAGUGCAGUGCAAAUCACACACAAUUAAAGUGCAUAGUGAUGGGAUCACAUAUCGUAACAACCACUGUGCCAUCUGCAACAACGUAACAUAUCCAAUAAACUGUGGACCUGCAGGGUCGGGUCUCAAGGGACGCCUCUUCAGCUUCAGCGUGCUCAUGGACGUCAACCCAAAGAGUGGAAACAUUGUCGGGAAAGUUGAAUUGUGUGGUGAGACCGAGGUGUACGAUCCAUUCUACAAGAAGUGCAGGAACAUUGUCUGUGGCACACCUGGAUAUGUGCUAGAAGGAAAACAUUGUGUGCUACAUGACGAAAGUCGUCUGCGAACAUUUUUACGCAGUGGGGCAUACGAUGACUCAGGUGGAAGGGUUGUGAUGUCCGAUGAGUUCCUCAACUGCACUCACACUCACCUAGAGCAGGAUGAGUAUAUGCUGCGACCGAGUGGUCAUAUGUAUGCAUUACGGUAUGACAAAGACUUUAAACCACAAGACUUUCACAUUCAGACAGAUAACCGAGCCAUGGUGUGUGCAUUCUUUAUUAACACUUCCAAUGAGAUAACAAAGUUUUCACCUUACAUGGGUUACGCAUCUGCAAUUGGCCUGGGCAUCUCCAUCUCCUGCCUUGUCGUCCAUCUCUUUAUCUUUGCAGUUGUGCCCGAAGUGCGUAACUUGUCGGGAAAAAACUUGGCCCACUUGUCUGUUGCCCUGUUAGCAGCCUACAUUUCUUUCAUCAUGGGUCAGCUGACUCACUUGAGAUUUGUCCCCUGUCGAGCCCUUGCUAUCAUAGCAUAUUACUUCUUCACGGCGUCCUUCUUCUGGACCAAUGCUAUGGCAUACGACGUAUGGCGUACACUACGUGCUGCCACGAGGGAGCUGCGCGUUGGAAGUGGCUCCCAGUGGAAGCGGCAUCUGGUGUAUAUGUUUUACUCAUGGAGCAUUCCUGCCAUCAUCAUUGGAACAGCCGUGUUCUUUGAUGAGCCCUCAAAUGGAUUCCCCCGUGAGUACAGACCUGCAUUCGGGAGGCACAGUUGCUGGUUUGGCCAGCGCAAGGCAUUGCUUGUAUUCUUUGCUGGUCCCGCCGCAGUGGUGACUAUUGUCAACAUGAUCCUCUUUGUGUCAACAGCCAUAAUGAUUAUUGGGUCAACUAAGUCAGCAAGCAAGAACUCCAGUGGCACGGCACGACGAAACUUUGGGCUAUACUUUCGUCUGUCUGUCAUGAUGGGAUUGUCGUGGUCAUUUGGACUUGCUGCAGGCUAUCUAGAUUUGGAUGUUCUCUGGUACCUCUUCAUUAUAUUCAACACUCUUGAAGGUCUUUUCAUCUUCAUAGCGUUCUCGUGUACAAGCAAAGUUGGUGGAUACCUUCAGGAUAGCAUCCUCACCUGCUUCAAGAUGAAACCAGAACGGAAUGCAACUCUUAGCUCAGGGUCUGGAUACAAUUCUCAAAGUACAGGAUCUACACAGUUGUCUCGCAGAAGUACACCGCGAAAUUCAACGAAUUACAAACGAACUGCACCAUACUUGGCACCAGGCAAAAGAGGCAUAGCCAGCUUGGAUAUGCAUUAAAGCAAGUUUCCCUUUAUUCCAAUGUCAGCUUGAGGUAAAUGUGCUAGUGGCAAUGCUGGACUUUUUUUACAUCACCAAAGUGCCAACUUGCACCACGUGCAGUUGGAAGUUUCAAGACUCUAAUCAUUUUUGCCAACAUUGUUGUUUGUGUCACAUUCCCACCUGAUUCACUUUGGCUCUUUUAGAAUUUGUGUGAAUAGAGUGUAAAUUUUAAGUUUUAUUGUAAUGGCUUCAGAGUCAUCGAAUCAGCAUUGUGUUCCAAGUAAGCAGUGUCCAUGCAAAUCAAGGUAAUGUGACAAGAUCUCUCACUCAGACAUUUCAAACCUUCACACUCUUAGCCAUUGUCACCUCACUUUCUGGCUUUGUCAGAAGUCAUUAUAGAACAAUACUGUAAAUACAUAUUGUAAAAAUGCAUUUCAGAUUGUAAAUAAAAUUGUAAAUACUGUU